AUGGCUCAUCCUCAAAAUAUGGGCUGGCGCGCCCUACUGGCUACCACCCUCAUGACAACCUUAGUACACACAUACCCCCAUCACAACAACCCAGCCAAAAUCCCCUCUCGAUCAACACAUGUCCUCUUCGUCGACACAUGCCCUCUCCCCAACAUCUGCACGUCAGGAGGCUGUACCAACACAACAAUCGGACUCGAUCCGGCCAAUUGUGGCAAGUCCGGCAACUCUUGUGAAGCCGCUGAGAUCUGUGUUGCUGGCGAAUGCCUUCCCAUAGCUCUCGGGUCGGAUCCAACAAAAUGCGGCUCCAAGUCUGACGCUUGCAGGCCUGGACAAUGGUGCAAUAAUGGCGAGUGUUCUCCCAUCUCCAUCUCAGCUAACCCUGCCAUUUGUGGCAAAGAAGCUUGUGGUCCUGGAUCUCUUUGCAUUCAAGGCACAUGCUACACCAUUGCGAUUGGCUCAGAUCCUACCUCUUGCGGAUCGUCCGAUAUAGCCUGCGACGCUGGAAGCUGGUGUCUCGACGACACAUGCGUUCCCUUCAUCCUCGGUACCAACGUCCAAUCCUGCGAUGAGACUGCUCCAUGUCCCCUUGGCGCGUCAUGCGAGGGCGGGUAUUGCCGACAAGUCUCUAUCUCGACCGAUGUUUACAACUGUGGGGAUGCGGCUGAGAGCUGCUCUGCUGGUCAGCUCUGUGUUUCAGGGCGAUGCCAAUCUCUUGGGAUCACACCAGAUGAAUAUCAGAGUGCGGAUUGUGGCUUGUCAGAAGGACCCUGCGAACCUGGCUCGUUCUGCUUGGAGGGUACUUGCACGUCCAUCAUUAUCACCACGGACCCCUCGCAGUGCGGCGAUAGUCCUAAACCAUGUGGUGGCGAUGAGAUUUGCAUCUCGGGCCACUGUGUCGGCGGCUUGACCGAACAGCCCAAUACCCAAGAGACUACUUGUGGUAGCCAGACUAUAAUCUUUAGCUCCCGCGAGUCAGUUGUGUACGAGUCUGGCAGGGACCGAAACGGAAAAGGGUCAUCUGGUUAUACUUCUGGACAAGGCAGUAGCGGUGGUCAUGGUUCUUCUGAUGGUGCUACAGGACAAAAUGGUAACAACGGAUAUGGGUCUCCAUCUGGUGACGGUUCAUAUGGUCCAGGAUCAGGCUCCAACUCUGAAAACAACAACGGCUACGACCAUGGCCACGGCUCCGGUGGCAACAAUGGCGGUACUGGCUAUUACAUCAUUGGUCGCCCACUUCCAGGCCCAACCUGUGAUGCAGGUUGUACCCAAAACGAGGUCUGCAUCUUUGGAAACUGUCUCUCCAUCUCAGACCCCUUGUCCUGUGGGCCCUCAUCCAAUCGUCUCGCCCGUCUCUUCCGUCGUCAGUCUGAGGUCUGCCCUGCAGGUUUUGCCUGUAUUGAUGAUCAAUGUGUCCGAGUCGAUGGACCUACUAGCUGUGGUGACAUUGAGUGCCCUGGUGGAUAUGCCUGCAUUGAAGAAGCCUGUGUUCUUCUUGGAGACCCCACAGAUUGCGGCGGUGAGACUUGCUCCAGCAACGAGAUCUGCUUGGGUGAUACCUGCAUAGCAAAUGCGGGUCUGGCCAGUUGCAGUGACGUCGAUUGCCCUGAUGGUCAAACAUGUCGAAACGGAGCCUGUUUUUCCAUUGAAGAUUUUAGUCCUGUUACUGCUAGUCCUGAAGGAUCCGGCGGAAGACCUGGCAACGGCGGUUCUGCUAAUGGUGGCUCUCCCGACGGUGGUGACGGUGCCUCGCCUGGAGACAACAACGGUAGCAGUCCCUCCUCUGGCUCUGAAGGAAUCGCACCAGGCCUAGCCUCACCGACAACCGAUGAAACCAACCAGACAGGUAGACCAGAAGGGAACGGUGAUAAUGGCAGCACUACAGACUCCCGCCCUGACAACACAAGAAGUCAGGGAGACUCCAGUACAUCAGCCAGUACCGCUGUAAGCGAUCAAGCACCCAUCGUCAAUCCCGGUCCAGAGACAACAGGCACAGACGAACUGCUGUCUUCCACUACAAACGUCGCAGGCUUCCCCGAAGGUAACGGAGGGUCCACAGCCGUCCUACCAGUUGAUGGUGGUGUCUCUUCCACGGGUGCCUCGCCUGAGGGCACAGGGACCAGUGCAAGGAGUAGUAACUCUUCUCCCACAGACUCCUCGACUGGCACCACAGAGACUGGUGCUAUUACCAGUGACGUGGCUCCUGUUGUCAAUUCUGGCACAGACUCAACUGACUCGGCAUCUUCUACUGUUGUCACUGAUGCUUUGCCUAUUACGAAUAUUGGCCCCGAUACAACGGGAUCCUCGGACGGAGUGUCCACUUCAUCUGACGCGAAUCUAACUGGAAUACCAGAGGGCAACGGGCGCUCUACGACUACAGGCAAUGAUGACACAGAUACUACUUCUACAGGCAACAGUGAUACAAAUGCAACUUCGACAGCAGCCGCAACCCCGGAGAAUACAACUGCAGGAAACCCGGCUACCACUCAAGACACCGAGACCUCAGCAACCGAACAAUCUACCGCUGAGACUACCCCUAGUGAUGGAGAUCCUACCACCACUGACCAGCGCACCACCGCUACUUCCACAGAGUCCGAGCCAGCUGCCACGACAACGGGUAUUGCUUGCACCACAGACGAUGACUGCCUGGCUGACCUUGGACUGUGCGUGGAUGGUCUCGUCAAUCUCUGCGUGUGCGUAGACGCAGUUUGUGUUCUCGCUGAUAUCACCAACCCGGAGACUACCACCACUCAAACCGCUGGCAAUACCGAUACUACCACUGAGGAAAUCCCAGAGGUAACAACCACUGCUGGUGAUCCCACAACUACCGUCACUGAACCAGCGGCAACCACAACUGCAGUGGCUUGCUCUACAGACGAUGACUGUCUGGCUGACCUCGGCUUGUGUGUCGAUGGUCUAGUCAAUCUCUGCGUCUGCGUGGAUGCAGUCUGUGUGCUAGCAGAUGUGGCAGCAGACACAACUACAACUGCACCCGCAGCUACAGAAACCGCAAUCACCUGCUCAACAGCCGAUGAUUGUCUAGUUGACGUUGCUCUAUGCUUAGACGGGCUCCUCAACUUGUGUGUCUGUGUCAAUGGGGCCUGUGUAUUGCAACAGGGAGGAGGCGUCGACGACGGCGAUGCUUGCACACAAGACUCCGACUGUGCCAAUGCAGAUUCUAUAUGCCUUGACACUGGUGUCUGUGGGCCUGAUCCAAACCAAAACAACACACCUUGCAGUACAGACGACGAUUGCAUUGCCAACGUUGCGCUCUGUCUCGUCGAAGGCUUGAACUUUUGUACUUGCGUUGACGAAGUCUGUGCGCCAGGAGGAGGAGGAGCAGGAGGCGGUGAUGAUGGCGACCCCUGCACUCAAAAUUCUCAGUGUACCACUGCAGGCUCUAUAUGCCUUGAUACUGGCGUUUGCGGGCCUGAUCCAGACAACGGCAUUACAGGUUGCAAUACAGACGACGACUGUCUUGGCGACGUUGAUCUUUGCGUGAAUGGUCUGCUCAACCUAUGCGUUUGCGUCAACUCUGUCUGUGAAGUACAAUUAGGCGGUAGCGAUGGGGACGCUUGUGAUACAGAUUCUGACUGUACCACUCCUGGAUCUGUCUGUCUUGCUGUUGGUGUUUGCGGACCUGAUACAGACGACACAGCUUGCGACACAGUAGACGACUGCGCUACCAAUGCCGUUCUUUGCUUGGAUGGGCUACUCAACAUCUGCAAUUGCGUCAAUGGAGUGUGUGAGCCUGCAGCUGGUGGCGGUGGAAACGAUGGCGAUGCCUGCGAUGUGGACUCUGAUUGUACAACUCCUGGGUCUAUCUGCCUCGGUACUGGUGUCUGCGGCCCUGAUGUGAACACGGGUAAUGCUUGUGAUACAGCUGAUGACUGUACCGCUGAUGCAGCUUGCUUGGAUGGACUACUCAACAUCUGCGUGUGCGUCAACGCUGUUUGUGUCCCAGCCGGAGGUGGAGUUGGAGGUAAUACCGGCGAUGCUUGCAGUGUUGAUUCCGACUGCACCACCCAAGGAGACGAGUGUAACAACGGCAUCUGUCAGGCCCCCGGGGGAGGCAACAGCGACAGUUGUGCCGAUGCAACUGACUGUCUCCUCUCUGCCAACCCUGUCUGCGUACUUGGCUUAUGCGUUUGUGUCGACGCAGUCUGCGCCGCGGACCCCAAUCUCCAGACCUGCAGUAGUGCCGCUGACUGCAACAAUGGACAAUCCUGUCAGAGCAAUGUUUGUGUAUCAGGUGGAGGACAACCUGAGUGCGCAGUUCGGGCAGACUGCACUGCUUUGGGUGGUAUAUGUGGAUUGGUGUUUUGCUUGUGUCUUAACGGACAAUGUGAGGCUGCCGGCUAG